AUGGCAUCCCAGGAGAGCCAUUUGACAGUCACGCUCGUGACCUCCAUCCUGGGAGCGGUUCUUGGCUCCCUGCAGAUUGGCUACCACACCGGCAAUGUCAACGCUCCAGCCAAGAUUAUUGAAGAGUUUUUCAACCACACCUGGAGAGCCAGACACAACCAGUCAAUGCCAGAUCACAGUCUGACUCUCCUGUGGUCACUCUCUGUCAGCAUAAAGGACUUUGGAGCCUUACUGGGGUCACUGGGAGUCAAAUACCUGGCAGAUUCUUAUGGCAGGCGUAACUCCAUCCUCAUAGUUAACUGUCUGUCUGUGGUGGGAGCAUGUUUGAUGUUUGCCUCCAAAGCCAGCGAGUCAUUUGAGGUCCUCAUCCUGGGACGACUGGUGUUUGGUCUGUUCUGCGGCCUGGUGAUGAGCCUUAACCCCCUCUAUAUCCAGGAAGUGUCUCCUACCAAUCUCAGAGGGGCAUUUGCUACACUGAACCAGGUGUCCCUCGCUGCAGGCAUCCUGGUGGGAAUGGUGGCUGGUCUGGAGAUAUUGUUGGGCACUGAGCAUGACUGGGCCAUGAUGCUGUCCCUGUCUCUCAUCCCAGCCCUCACACAGUAUGUGAUCCUACCUUUCUGUCCUGAGAGCCCCCGCUACCUGCUAAUCAACCAGCGAGAAGAAAGCAAGGCAAAAAGUGCUCUGCUGAGGCUGAGAGGCAGAACAAACGAGGUGUUUGCUGAGCUGGAUGAAAUGAAAGAGGAAGCUGCUCACACUCAGAGCGGUGUCACCAUCCAGGAGUUCUUCACGAAGCGCACCUACAAGCAGCCGAUCAUUAUUGUCCUGAUCAUCAGCCUGGGAAGCCAACUCUCUGGAUUCAAUGCGAUAAUCAACUAUUCCACCAAAAUGUUUCAGGCCAAGUUUGACCAGGCCAAAUAUCUCACACUGGGUGUGGGGGCUGUCAAUCUGAUGUUUACUUUGGUAGCAUUCUUCCUGAUGGAGAGGGCAGGGAGGAGGAGGUUGCUCCUGACUGGUUUCAUCUCCAUAGCAGUGUGCAACUUAAUCAUGACCAUAGUCGAUUCUGUCCUGCAUUUGGUCCCAGAGCUCCGAAGCCUACAAGUCCUCCUGGUUUUCUGCCUGACUUCAGCCUACGAGCUGGGCCCAGGUCCGAUCUCCUGGUUCAUUGCUGCUGAGCUGUUUGACCAGCCUGGCAGACCCAUAGCCAUGGCCUUCAGUAGCCUGCUCAACUGGGGAGGGAAGUUUGUUCUGGCACUUCUCUUUCCUCCAUUACUGAAAAUCUGCGGUGCUUAUGUCUACCUCCUUUUUAUGAUCCUGGCUCUGCUCGCCUUCACCUUCACCUGGAUUCGCCUACCGGAAACAAAGGGUCGUACAUUUGAUGACAUCGCGGAGGAGUUCAGAGGAGCAGAGGGCAUCCCUUUGUACAAUAAGACUGGAUUCAACACUUUCACCUGAGGAACCCAUUGCUUUUUAUUGAUUCUGGCUGAUGAUCAAAGUGUUAAAGAGUCAGUUUACAACAGAAAACUGUU